AUGGCUAGUAAAAAAUCUGACCGGACUGCCGGUGGUGACGCACCACAUUCCCCACCCCCACCACCAGCAAAAGAAAAUGAACAUGAGGACAAGAAAGCGAAGCCUCCAGAGGAGUCUGUACAAGAAUUACCAGAAAAAACUGCUUCUGAAAUACUUAAGGAGGAAAUAGAAUAUCGAGCGAUGCUAAGAAAACAACGUUUCAAGAGACGAUGGCCCGAGGUAACUAAGGUGCAUAUUGUGACGAAACCCUGGCACCCACCACCACCUCCGCAAAAACCACCACCUGUGAUAAUAGAAUAUCCAGAAGUGGCGACUCGUACCUGGGUUCCCCCCUACAAGAGGAGACGCCGUAAGCCACCAAAGAAAAUUAGAAUUCCUUUGGAGGAGAUGAUGCAGCAGUUGCCAGAAUUCAGCAAACUUAAAAAGAUUUGGCACAACUUCAGUCAAGUCGAGAAGAACAAGAUGAUGCUGCAGGGGAGCGUUGGAUGCAACUCUAAGAGAUACUCGUCAACCACCUGCGGUGCCCAGACCGGAUGCAUAGCCGUGGCAUGCCGUGCACUCCUCGAGGAGAAGACCCCAGCGCAACUGGUGUCCAGGGACGUUGACGAAUUAAUCGAGGCUGGUGAUAGAUACUAUAGAGAGUGCUUGCACUCUUUGAAGUGCUAUAAAGGUAAUCCAAAAUUGCAACUGCACCAGCUCCUGACUUAUUUGUUUUUGCACGACACCAAGUAUACGGUCAAGAUGUUAGAGGUGGACAAAGGUCUGCUGGCGAAACACCCUGACAAUAUACAAUCUGCUCCAGACCUCAUGAGCCUAAUGGAGAAACGCGCAGGAACUACAUACAUGUUGAUCCUGUCUAUUGGAGACGUCCGUCACUUCCUGAUUUGGGGGCAUCCACCAGACCCUGGGUCUGGGAGCGCUGUGAAGACUGUCUGUUACAUCUUUGAUCCUCAUAUGCUGACUGAAUAUGGACAGCCACAUAAAUUGCACGGAGCUGGAGCAUUCCUCCGCUACGCCGGUGUCAAUGCAUUUGUCAUUGACUUUCUUUGCAACUACGGUGACCUGGACUCUGCCAAGAAAGGCACCCCAAAACCUUCAAUCACAUUGACUAGCAUUGAUAUAUUCCAAAAGGAGCCUUUGAUCCGGGAGCCUACCUACUCCUUAGAUCUGAAAGCUCUGCCGACACAUUGCGAUGCGGUAUGGCAGAGCAUGAAUGUUAACGCCCUCAUCGAGAAGAAACAGAAAGAGGGCCAGUACCCAUUAGCUUCUCUGAGCGCGGUGAGCUUGGCGACCUCCCGCUCUUCCCCCCGGAGGAAAGUCAGGGAAUUCUACCAGAAAACACCUAAGGAUCCACCGAUAACAUUACCAGUCGCACCAGAAAAGGCCCCGCCGAACCCAUCACCAGAACAGAUCUUGUCACUACGAGGAGAAGACUUCUUCCUCUUCAGCCCCGCCAUAGAUGGACACACUUAUGGCCGAGACGAUAUGAUUCCUCUUCCGAAGUCCGAAACCAUUCUACACAGUCCAGUGGAGGUCGCAAAUAAGAACUUUCACUCUCAAUACCACCAGCUUGACGUGGGGAGGUAUAUCUUGAGAGGAACCAGGCAUAUGGCUAGCUACCGAUACCAGACAUUCAAGACCUUUACUGCCAUACCAAGCUGUUUGGCUGCUCUGGCCAUGUUGCACAGGUACAGAGCCAGGGCUUGGAACGAAGAUACUGUUGACGAAACCCUAGAUGUUGGCUAUAAUUUGUACAGGGAAUCGUUGAUGGAUCGCAGAGGACCCAUUCGUCAUCUAACCCUCGGGGAGAUUAAGGAGAACUUCAAUAUACGAGAUCGGGAAUUUAUUCAUAAGGAGCGCAAAAUCGCUUACUGGGGUAAGAUCGUGUCUUCAGAUCCCAAAGUCUUCGACCUGUGCAGAGGUAUUCGGUCAUUCUUUAAGGAAUCUGACUCUGGAUUACUUCAGAUUCCUGGUGAGUUUGAAGUAGCAAUUUGGGACGAAGGUGAUAGGUACUAUGUUUACCAUCCCUGGCCAGCAGACCGGUUUGGACAUAGGGUGGGUCUUCAAGGAGGUGGAAAGGCCUGUAUAAUGUAUUUUACUAGUAUUGACCGCCUCUGCGACCAUUUCUUAGAAAGCGUGUCUGACCUCAAGAAGAAACCGUUCAGCAUCUCCGACGUGCAAGUCAUGGAGAGGAAGAAGCAGCUUCCGGAGGCAGUUAAUAAGAUGAAACCCGUGGCUCCAGGUCGCUGGAUAGUACGAGGCAGUUUCCACGAAGGGGACAACCGCUUCCCUGAGGAACAUCGAGGUCGUCAGGCCACACCUUGUUCGUUGAUGGCGUUGGGUAUGGCACAUGUUGUCGACCCCAACGAGUGGACUGCCGAGGAUAUCGAUGAGACUCUAGUUCGCGGUGAUGUUCUUUAUGAAAACACCAUGGAGCAUUUGGAGAAGAUGGGCAUCAGUCUAGAUGCUCCCAAGAGCGCGGAAGAGAAUGAGGAUGAAGAAACGGAGGAGCCUACUCCUACUGGGAGUCUUGCUGCUGCUGAUUGUCUGACCAGGUUUUCCGUAUCGCAGAACGACUGCAUAGAGGCGGAUGUCAUGGAUAGUACAUUUAUUGGACACUUGAACCCAGAGCCAGAUAGUGGGCUGCCGUCGUUUAAGAGCAUCCUUACGAGUUUCUUCAAGGAAUAUUCUCAUGGUGUGUUCACGGCGAGGGGGAACUCUGUUGCUAUAUGGAGGCAUGGCGGAUACUACUUCAUGUUCGAUCCCCAUGGGUGUGAUGAAAACGGUUUGCCUAGUGACGAACCGCGUGCGGCUGCUUGUCUUAUUCGCAUCCAGGGCAAGAUUGAUGAACUGGCGAAAAUCCUCGUCGGCAACUUGCCACCAGGCAGUGACGACAGUUUUAACAUAUCUCCAGUCAGCAUUAGUGCGACUAAACUUAAUCCAGAAAUUGGUGCCCCGGAGACAAAGUUGGAGAGUAAAGCGUUUGAGUGGAUAAAGAAAGGCACAGCAGCUAUAAUGAUGGGUCCUCGCGGAGAGAAUGCUGCAAUCGGAAAGGCUGCUGAGAGGGCAGGAAUAUCUGAUGACGACAAGGCAGGCCGCAACAUUGGACUGCCAGCAGCCGCGGCUUACGUGGCUGCCGCCACCGCCAUCCCCCCCGCGCAUAUGCACAAGGAUCAUAUGUACAACUUCUUAGAUACGGGAGCUGAAUAUUACUUGAACCACUUGAAGAGGACAGGACGAAAAGAGAUGACUGUGGAUGAUCUGACUGAAAAGUUUGAGAUGGGUGCGAACACCUACACCAUAGAACUGGAAGAACCAGUGAGGUUACCACUCAGACUCCCAGACGAGCCGCCUCCGGAGGGCGAAGAAGGUGGAGGAGAUAAAGAAGGAAUGCUCGAAGAAGAAGAACCAGAAGUUAUGAAACAAAUGAAGGAUCUCCUCUUUAAAAUGUGGUACGAUCAAACCAAUCCCACAACUGUGUCUCUGCUGUUGGGUGACUACUACCAGCUCGGGUUAUGGAUGCAGGCUGGAGGAAGGGUGGUGGCUUUCGAUCCAGCUCCCACUGUCCACAAGGGAAUGUUGACUUCACAUAGGAUAAUGAAAGGCGACGAGCUCCGUCUCAAACGUAUUCAAGACGAGAUGGCAACUGAAGGAGGUGGUGAGCCUGAAGAGGACGAGGAAGCUGGUGGAGAGGGUGAGGCUCAACCAGAGCCGGAGCCAGAACCUGUCCCACCAGACUCUUGUCCUGCACUCAUUGUGGCUGCCAGUCCUGGAGAGUUCAUCGACAAACUUGUCAUUCAAUCAGGUCUGGAUAAGAAGCAGUGUCUGGGUCCUUGCUGGUUGUACCGCGCCAAUGUCACAAACGAAUUGACCUCUGCGCUUAAAGAAAAGAAGCCUGGAGCAGCCAAGAAGGCCGAAGAAGAAGACGAGGAAGAAGCUGGAGAUGAAUUGGUCCCAGAGUUGGAAGAAGCUGUCAUCGGCAAAUACUUUACCAGAAUGAACAGGACCACAGCAUCGCUGAGGGGCAGAGUCUCUCAAGGGGAGAGCUACUUCCAGGAUCAUCCCAAUAGGAACAAUCAGGAUACAGCCAACUCCGUGAUGGGAAUAGUGGUUGAGGCCAUAGAACCCUACACGUAUUGGAAGCCGGAACUAGUGGAUGCUGUACUGAAGUACGGUGACAGGCUGUACACAAUGUCCAUACCGAAUGCAAAGAAGCCCCCAUACCUUGAACCUAGAGAAAUUGUUACGGAGUUCCACGUUACCAACUUUAAUGUGAGACUAGAGGUGGAACCCGAUGUAGUUACAGGGGACCUUAAAGCUGGUGAAACUGGAGGACUUCUGAAUCUGAGGAGAGGGCUUGCCAAUUUCUUAGCUGAACACCAAUACGGCGUGAUUUGCGCCAAGAACUACUGCGUGGCGGUGUGGACGGUGGGGUCGGUGUUGAUGUGGGAGCCGCACGCGGUGGGCCCCACCGGCAAGUCCUCCCCCGCCGGAGCAGCCUCCGUCGUGCUCUUUUCCACCUCCGACGAGCUCGCCGACACCUUCAAGUCCAACGUUGAAAAUCUCGGAGUUGAGAGACCAGGGACUUAUGGCUACUCCAUAUCUGCUGUAAAGGUGUUCUGGGAAUACUCCAGGACCGCCCACCCGGUAAGCGCCCAGGGAGCCGUACCUGACGAGGGCUAUGAAUGGAAGGUCCUGACCGCCUACGUGGAGACGGCCAGAGGACGGACAAUACUCCGAGGAACCAGGCCACCAGAUUUACUGAAGUUCACUCGCGACGCGUUGCUGCAGUCAGCGGCAGGCGCGGUGGUGGGAGUGGCGAUGUCUCACGUGCGCCGCCCUCCCCUUUGGACGCGUCGAACUGUGGACGAGGUCAUGAGCGUCGCUGGGCAGCUGUUCUCCGCCUCCCUUGGAGGGCUCGGUUACGAGUUUCGUCCUGGAGAGGAUGUGCUUCUGCCCUUGCAGGUUGUAAAACGUUUCGUGCUCGGCGUCAACUACGUGCGUUACGACUUGCAAGAAAUCUACGUUGGCAAGCUGGACCAGAGGGAACCAAGUGAGAUGACUGUCAGGAGCGCUUUAGAGCGAUUUUUCGAAAGCUAUACUCACGGUAUCCUCUGGUCUGUACCACAUGCUGUCGCUGUGUGGAAGGUGAAGGGAGCACCCCCCUUCUACAUGAUGGAGCCGCACGCAUGCGGGCCUACUGGGCUGAGAAUUGAUGCACAGGAUGAUGGUGCUGCUUGCGUACUCACUUUUACGUCGGCUAAAUUGAUGGCGUUUGGGUAUCUUCAAAACAUACCUGUCGUGGAGCGCCCCAAACACUCUUUCCACCUGUACUCCAUGUCUGUGGUGAUUCAACCGAUUAAGAAGUUGGGAGGAGUCGACCCACCGAUUGUGAGGCAAGGCACGGCACCACCAGGUGUCACUCUAGUACCUGCUACUAGUAAGGUGAACGUGGAAGGCGUGAAGAGACGUGCGAUGGAGAAAGACCGCAAGCACCCGCCUGGCAGCGCCACCUGCCUCGACGCACAGCGCGCUUCUGAACGUGCUGACAAGGAACAGGAGAAACUCAAAGGACAACGGAACACGAGCGGGUGGCUCGUCUUAACCGAUGGCAGUCAGUUCAUGUCCGCGGGCCACUCGAUUGCCUGCAAGAAGUUCCCCUUUGCGUCCAGAGGAAAUCAGGCGCUGGCCUGCGCCGUGAUGGCAAUAGCUAUGUCUCGGGUUGAAGAUGUGUGCCGCUGGAGCCCGGGCACUCUUGACCAGAUCUUGGAGAGUGGAGACCAGCUCUACCAGGACAGCUACCUGCACUUUAAGCCGUCAUCAAAAAUUUUGGCUAUGGAACAGAUUCUUCGGAAGUUCUACACGCCGGGCAACUGUGUGUGCCGCGUCGUCAUAUUCCAAGCUCGACAGAAGGGUGUUGUGGACAAGGACCUCUUUGACAAGAUGGAUGAGUUCUUCCGGGAGGAAAAGGCAGGCGUGUUUGUAGCUGGCAAGGGAGAUUUUGCCAUCGCACUGUUUAAGACACCUAGAGGUUACUACAUGUUCGACGCCGCGGACCGAGACCGCUACGGGCGCGCCGUGGCCCCGCCGUGCAUUGGAAGGGCGAGGGCUUGCUUCUCUCAAUACCCUAACGUCAGAUCAUUGUGUGAGAAACUAGGCCCCAACAUACCACCAGUGGUAGAAGCAGAGAAUGCUAUCGAGAUCACGACCAUAAAGGAGCCAGCAGGUAAGGAGGCGAAAGAGAAAACAGCUGAGGAGAAAGACAAGGAAAAAGAGGUGCAUUUCGAGCAGCCAGCUGGAUUCUCAAUAUACGGCAUGGAUGUGACAACAUUGCGAAGACUAAAUCGGCAUGAACGUUAG